UUAUAGAAUUUAAUAACAAUGUUUAUCAGGGCCCUGAUUAUCCCAAAAAUAGUGGGUUUUACACGACCAAGCUUCCGAAAUGUUCAAUAUACUCAAGGUCAGUCGCCAGAGCCAAAAAUUCGGGAGUAUUUCUAUUACAUCGACCACGAAGGAAUGCUAUUUCUAGACGACGCCAAGAUGAAGAACUUCACCAGUUGCUUCAAGGAGAAGGACUUCCUCAAGUUCUUUUUCAACCGUGUGCGUCUGAACAAAACGAACCGAUAUCAGAGCGAUUUCCCCUAUAUCUCGCUCUGUGGACGCGAAAGGAACUUCAUCCGAUGCGAUGAUACACCGCUUGUGUUUACGGAACAACUGCAAAAGGAUGACAACGAAGUUCUUAGCUAUGCCCAUUCGGGACAGGUGCUUACCCUGCCCUACGAACCCCACAAACUGUACAUGGACCCGAGGAAUGGAAGGGUCUACCAUCCAGCAACGCCACAGGUGGGUGGCAUCGGUCUGGUACGCUCGAAGUUGGCCAUAGAACUGAGCCAGAACUUUGAGUUUCCGCCUGGACAGGCAUCUCCCACGCACUUUAUGUGGAAGGGUGAGCGCUUGAAGCUGGAGAACGACUGGGUUAGUGAGACCCAAAGGUUCCCCAUGAACGAGGAGUGUAUAUAAUUGAGUAACUUUACUUCUUUAAUAUUGAGACAACAUUACAUUUCGAAUUCCUA